CCCCCACUCCAUCUCCACCUCAAGAGAGACAACAAAAAUCCACAAAGAGAAAUACCCAAAGGAAAAAGAAAAAGGAAAAGGAAAAAAAAGCUUUCAUUUUGCAAAAAUGGAGUUCCCAAUCAUCAACUUGGAGAAGCUUAAUGGUGAAGAUAGACCUUCCAUCUUGGCCAAAAUCAAAGAUGCUUGUGAAAACUGGGGUUUCUUUGAGGUAUUAAACCAUGGAAUAGAGCCAGAAUUUCUAGACAAAGUAGAGAAAUUAACAAAACAACACUACAAGAAAUGUAUGGAACAGAGAUUCAAAGAACAAAUAGCAAGCAAAGGCUUAAACGACGUCGUUUCAGAAGUCAACGAUGUUGACUGGGAAAGCACUUUCUUCCUCCGUCAUCUCCCUAUCUCCAACAUCGCCGAUCUUCCCGAACUAACUGACGAUUACAAAUCCUUAAUGAAACUAUUCGCUUCCAAAUUACAAAAACUCGCCGAACUCCUCCUCGAUUUACUCUGCGAAAAUCUCAACCUUCCAAAGUCCUAUCUCAAAAACGCUUUCCACGGAUCCAACGGCCCAACUUUCGGGACAAAAGUCAGUAACUACCCACCUUGUCCAAACCCAGAUCUAAUCAAAGGCCUCCGAGCCCACACCGACGCCGGCGGCAUAAUCCUCCUCUUUCAAGACGACAAAGUCAGCGGGUUACAACUCCUCAAGGACGGCGCGUGGGUCGACGUGCCACCGCUCCGCCAUUCAAUCGUCGUAAACAUCGGCGAUCAAUUGGAAGUAAUUACAAAUGGUAAAUACAAAAGCGUUCUGCACAGAGUGAUUGCACAGCCGGAAGGGGAAGGCAGAAUGUCAUUAGCGUCGUUCUACAAUCCGGGGAGUGACGCCGUGAUAUUUCCGGCGCCGAGUUUGGUGGAGAAAGAGGCGGCGGAGAAAAAUGAAAUAUACCCAAAAUUUAUAUUUGAAGAUUACAUGAAGCUUUAUGCAGGGCUGAAGUUUCAAGCAAAGGAGCCGAGAUUUGAAGCUAUGAAAGCUAACAAUGUUAACUUGGCCGGUCCAAUUGCAACCGUUUGAAUUUCCUUAUUAUUAUUAUUAUUAUUUUAAAGCAUUUUUAUUUUAAUUUGUAUGUGUGUUUGUGUGUUUUUAUGUAUGAAUGUUAUGGUUUAAUUUGAGUAUGAAAUGAGGGAAAUGGUAUGUAAUGAAGAUUUAUUUUACUGUUUGUUUGUUGUUAUGAGGAAUCACAUGCCAUUAUUGGAUUAAUCGGUAUAUUUUAUAAUAUAUAUAGAAUAUACCAAAUUAUCAUC